CACUAAGCCAUCAUUUCGACCAAUCGGUAGGCCUACAAGUAGGCAUUCCGGUACUCUGAAGCAGCGAAGAUCAGGAGACUGGCAUAACUGGAGGACAACAAGCCUGUCGCCUGAUUAUCCCGCUGUCGCCUAUUGAUUGAAAGCGCUCUAACUUAAAGAUGAAUUUCACAAUUCUCCUCGUAUCCACUUUGUUUUGUGUCUCUGUUGUGACGGCAGGAAGAAACGUUCGCGUUAAAACUAAACAAGGGGAAAUAGUCGGGAAACGGAAAACGUAUCAGUACAAAACAGGUGAAGUGACGAAUGUAGUCGACUCGUUCUUGGGCGUCCCCUACGCCACGCCACCCACGGGGGAGUUGCGCUUGAAGGACCCCUUGCCCUGGACGGGGCAACAUGGAGGGCGAUACUUCAAAGUCAAACCCGCUUGUAAACAGAACAUGGAAUGGAUUACCGACAUCAUUGAACUCCCGGAAGUCGAAGUUGGACAGAGCGAAGAUUGUCUGCAUCUCAAUAUAUUUUCCCCGAAAGAGAAAAAAGACAAUUUGUAUCCAGUUAUGAUGUUCAUCCAUGGCGGAAGUUUAUUGGGAGGAACCGGAAACUGGUUUGAUGGUCAUGUACUUGCGCAGUUCGGUGUAGUGGUAGUCUCGAUCAAUUAUCGGUUAAACGCUUUAGGUUAUCUUACUGAUGGCAAUUCAACCUCUGACUUACCCGGUGACUAUGGCAUCUUUGACCAAGUAAUGGCUUUGAAGUGGAUCCAGGAACAUAUUCGAGCAUUUCGAGGAGACCCGGACAAGGUGACCAUAUUUGGUAACAGCGCCGGUGGCUGGAGCGUCAGUCUUCAUUUGAUACUGGAGCAAUCCAAAGGUCUUUUCCACCGAGCUAUCGUCCAGAGUGGUCCACUAAAUGCGGCUGUGUCCCAUGCCACAAUAGGAGAGGUAGCCAGUGAUUUAUCACGGGUGGCAAAGAAAGUAGGGUGCUCAGGAACAAGCGCCGACAUCAAGAAGUGCGUAAGGGAAGCUAAUGCGACGAUAAUAACUCAGAAAUAUGGUAACCCAGCACAAGCGGUAUUGUACGUUGGCAGCAGGACAUUACCGCAAGAACCUGCCUUCAUGCUCAGAAAUGCCCCGUUGAAUAAAGUCCCUGUCAUGAUAGGAAAUGUGGCUCACGAAGUGGCAAGAUUCUUCAGCGUCAUGGACGAUGUUGACUGGUUCCCAAUAACAAACAAAGGGAUUCUUGCCCUCCACGAAAUUACUGAGGAAAAACUUAUCAAGGCGACGAGGUUCAUCCUAGGUGCAAUAUUCGUCGACCUCCCCACCAGGUUACAGAGGCUGGUGCUGCACGAAUAUAGGUCUUGGACUACCCUUGAUGAUGAGGAAAAGACAGUGGAGUCAUUCAUUAAUAUGAUGUCUGAUAUUGUAAUGGUCGCCCCAACAGUCCAAAUGGCCUCUAUUCUCCAUUCGCGAGGUGUUCAGCCUUACCUUUACCUCUUCUCGCACAAAAUGAUGAUGGACCUGAAGCACGAGAAAGUGUCCAAUUUCACUUGGUUGAGCAACUACAGCUACCACGAAUCUGAACUGGCCUACGUGUUCGGGGCCCCUGUGUCACGGACAGCCAUGAAGUCGGUGUGGCACUCGUCCGAAGGCUACACGGACGCCGAUCGCUAUGUCAGUACAAAUGUUAUGAGACUUUGGACGAACUUCGCCAAAUAUGGUGAACCAACCAGAGACGGUGUGGCACCACAAGAUAUCCAAUGGACACCUUUUAACCCAGAAACAACUGACUACCUCGACAUAGGGACGACGAAGUUCGAAAUGAAACAGAAUCUGAGGGCGGAGAAAGUAGACUUUUGGAACAAAGUCAUGCCUGCCCUAGAGAAAGGAAUGACUGACGAUGAAGGACCGACACCUCCUCCGGUCUUCGUAUAAGACUGAAUUUGAAUGCUUUCAAACCGGACAAGGAUGUGGCGUAAUCGUGAUAUUAAUUAUUUAUUGUCUCACUCUUUUCAGUUAGCGAGAAGUCUGUAGUCCUGCUGUGUGGCAGGAUGAUAGGAGCCAAGGUUUAGAUGCAUAGACAACUCUCCAGCUUACCUACAUACAAUACUUUCACAAAGAAAAGGAGAAACGUCUUUUUUACCACGUUUCCAAAUCAAAUCCAAUUAUGAGAUGACAAUUCA